CGCUUCGAUGUUCUCAGAGUCGACCGAAUACCACCUGCUCGGCCAAUCGCUGGUACACCACGAGAGAAACGAGCAACCGAUCUCUGCCGGACGUAUCGGUGGUAAAAACGGCGUGGAAACGAUCGGUAUGUUACUCGGAACCAAGCUUACGAUAGCGGCGAAACUUUUUCGACAACCAUUGCAACAACCACCGCAACAACCACCGCAAGAACAACGACGACAAAGAGGAUCGGAAGAAGAAGAAAAGCAACGGCAACGGGACCGACUGCUCCCUUACGAAAAGCAUGGAAGCGAAGAAGGCGGGGAUAUCGUGGGCGUGUUAGAGGCGGGACAGCGGGAAAUCGAAAAUGGCGCGAUCGCAGGGACGAGUAACACUGAGCCGGUAACGAUCCUCGUUUUCACGGAUCACGGAAACGACGUAGACGACGUAGACGACGUAGACGACGUAGACGACGUAGACGACGUUUACAACGCGCAUUCGCUGGCCUAUGCUAUCCAGGAGGCGGUCGAUGAUAACGAAGAAAGGGGUUAUCACGAUCGAGACUCGAGUCGCUACGAGGGCGGCGAUCUAGGCGGUGAUUUCUCGGAGCAGGAGGAGCAGCAGCGUCAACAGCAACAACAGCAACAGGUUUUUCAACCCCUCCACCAGCAGCACCACCAACAACGACGGCAGCACCACCACCACCACUACGGUCACGACGGCGAAUACCACCACUACGAUCACGACAACGACGACGACGACGACGACGACUGCCAUCACCACCACCAACACCGUCACACUCGGUCCGCGUACGUUCAACCGGGGGCGAGAGAAGUAUCGGUUACCAAGGGUGGGGAUAACGAACGGUCGAGCGAGGUCUCCGUAUUGCCGGAGGAAAAUCAGGCCGACAGUCACGCGCCUCGCUCUACGAUGCAUCGUUACGGUACUGAAGCGCUCUCGUCGCCGACCGCGACCGAUCACCACCACCAUCACCAUCACCACCACCACCACCACGACAACCACCACUCUCCUCACCACCUCCAUCAUCGCCACCACGAUCAACAGCACCAUCAUCACCAACAGCAGCAGCAUUUACGAUCGGACGCGUCUCGCCACGGUGCGCUUUCUGCCACGACGAGUCAUCAUCGUCGCUUGGACGAACAAGAGGCACAGUCGCAGCCGCAGUCGCAAUCGGUAGUUCAUCGAGAGACGGACGAGGACGUGGAAAGCGCGAACGGAAUCGCGGCAGCCAUGAGAGGUGCUCGCGGAGAUUUUACCCUCGGUGUGCUAUUUCCGAAUCUUGGCACUACCGGUGCCAAUAGUUCGAGUAGCGAGGUCGGUGGCACCAACGAUAAUCACCAGCAACAACAACAACAACAGCAGCAGCAGCAGCAGCAGCAGCAACCGCAACACAAUCAUCAUCAUCACCAGCAGCAGCAGCAGCAACAACAACAGGCUCAGUCGCAGCAUCAUAGCCAUCAUCAUCAUCAUCAUCAUCAUUUGGAGGAAGUUUUACCGGACGCGGCUUAUCUUCAACAUCAAAUGCGAAGCAGCGGCGGCGGAGGAAACAGCGGUAACGGUAACAACAGUGGCAGUGGAGGCAACGGUGGCAGUGGCGGCGGUGGAGGCGGCGGCGGCAGUGGUGGCGGUGGGACAGCGGAGGGUAACGGGAGCGGAGGUGGCGGUUCACCGACGCUGCGAACCGGUAGUUCGCCGGGUUCCAGUCGUAGUCCGCACGACGAUCAAGGACUUUCGUCGCCGCAUAGGCAAGGACAAACGGAUGGGGGAGGAUACAGCCCGAACGAACAGGGCAGGUACGCGCAUUUGACAGCGAUGCAACCGCCGUCCUCGGUACAGCCGAACCACGGUCUCGGUCAGGAGGCAAAUCGAGUCUCGGAUCAGCUUUACAUGGACUCGAUAUACGCUCAUCACACCGUCGGCACGCCACAUCAUCAGGAGCACGAACCGGGUUCUUCGACGCCGCAUUCGCCCGGUGGCCCGCUUUCCAGUCCGUUGUAUCGUCCGAUGAGCGGUGGUGUGAGCGGCAUGCCGUCAGCCAACGCGACAGGAACCGGCGGUGCUUACGGUCUCUCUUACAUGACCGGCGGCAGCCCUACGGAAUUGACCGCAUCGCCUCAGCAAUUGUGGAACGCGCAAGGUUUGGGAACGGGACUCUCGGCGAUCUCGGAGGAUUACAGCGGUAGCGGCAAGUCACCGGGUUCGGUGACUCAUCAGGCCCUGCCAGGUUUCGCGCAGCCGUUUUGCGGUAGGUAUAGUUUCCGCGGAUACAGUCCGUCGUACGCCAGUCAACAGAACAGCGGUGGAGUCGGGGCCGCGUCCGUGGAAGCCUCGACCUGGGGCUACGCUUCGCCGUCCAACGACACCUUGACGACUCAAUACGCUACCCCUUCGAGGCGACAGACGGUCAAUCCUCCGUCGACGCCAACGCAGCAUCAGCUCUCCGCCACCGCUAGUCUCAGCGCAAUGCACAACAUCGAAGCGGAAUACUUUACGGAGGGCCGCGAGUGCGUAAAUUGCGGCGCAAUUUCUACUCCGCUGUGGCGGCGAGACGGUACGGGCCAUUACCUGUGCAACGCAUGCGGUCUCUACCACAAGAUGAACGGCAUGAAUCGACCCUUGGUGAAGCAGCCUCGGCGAUUGUCCGCUUCGAGACGAGUAGGCACUUCUUGCAGUAACUGCCAAACGACGAUGACGUCGUUGUGGCGCAGAAACACCUUGGGCGAACCCGUGUGCAACGCGUGCGGUCUUUAUUUCAAACUGCACGGCGUGAACAGGCCUCACACUAUGAAGAAGGACAGCAUUCAGACCCGCAAGCGGAAACCGAAGGGUGGAAUGAAAAGCAGCGACACGCCGACCGGUACCGCCGUCGCUACUUUCUCCAACAAUAACAACAACGCCACCCUCGCCACUGCCAACAACAACAAUAACGUCGCCGCCCCCAACAACAACAAUAACAACAAUAACAACAACAAUAACAACAACAAUAACGGCUUGAAGCUAGAAACAGGUCCUUACGGAGAAGUGACGAUGGUGGAUCACCGCGGGAUGGUUCACGUGAGGUUCGACGGCAACCUUUACGACAGCCCACAGCCGUCCAGCCGGAUCGUUUCGCACCAAUCCACCACGCCUGCAAUGUAUUACGACAUGAUCGCCUCGCAGCAGCAGCAGCAGCAGCAGCAGCCGCAACAGCAGCAGCAACAGCAACAUCAGCAUCAACACCAGCAGCUGAUCGAGACGCAUUCUCCGAAAGUGGAGUGUCCUUCGCCGCCUUGCGCCAAUCGGUCGCCGGUUAUGAUAUCCGCCGGUCACUCUCCCGAUCAUCAUCAAUUGGCUGCCCCGCACAUCGUCACUCUUGGCAAUUCGUCGCCGGGCGCAGCGGCUACUAAAAUUAUUCUGGACAACGGUCACCUGGACAGGCCGACCGUUGUCUCGAUGUCGUCUUAAAGCCGCGUCGUUGAUCGGUCGCGCUAGAUCACGGUUACCAGAAGACGUUACCGGCGAACCAUUGUUCCUAUCCGUUUCGUUUCGCUUCGUUUCGUUUCGUUUCGUUUCGUUUCGUUUCGUUUCGUUUCGUUUCUUUUGGAUAGCGCGUAAAAGGGACGGUAGAAGAAAAGAGACGGUAGAAAAAACGGGAACAGAGGAGAAAAAGAAAAAAGAAAAAAAGGAGAAAAGGAGAAAAGGAAAAAUCGUUUAGUUUUCUCUUCCCGUUUCACUGUUUUCUUUCUUUCCAUCGUUUCUCUCUCUCGCUGUUCUUACCGUCGCGCGUUCCAUCUACGGCGUAACGACGAAGAAAAGAACGAGAACGAAAGCGCGGCCAGAGUCGUCGGCGAGAGGGAACGGGAGAAGGCGCGGAAUCGCGAAAGACUGGAUUUACGAUACGCGUUGGAUAGAGAGAUCCGAUCUCUGUGCCGAAAAUGGGAACAAUUUCGCGUGUAAGUUUCGUAGAAUUAUAACUGCGGCGUCGAGAAGAGACUCGUUGUAAAUAGUUUUGCUGAAAAGCGCGUAUUCGCGCGUGUGAGAAAGAACGCGAAACGAACGUUUUUUUUCUUUCUCUCUCUCUCUCUCUCUCUCUCUCUCUCUCUCUCUCUCUCUCUCUCUCUCUCUCUCUCUCUCUCUCUCUCUUUGUCUCUGUCUCUCGAAGACGUUCGGUAUCGUCGUUGGCGCGUUUCUACGCGUGCUUUCGAAAUUGCAACGACGAGCGAAAUCGGUCCGACGAUACUCGAUAGUCGGCCCCGUCUCUCUCUCUCUCUCUCUCUCUCUCUCUCUCU